GCCGCACAUACCACCCACCGCCGCUCCCCCGUCUUCGUUGUCGUCGCCACACAUCGUCCCCGUCCGCCUUUGCCUACGCCUCUGGAAAAUACAGUUAUUCGAGCGCGAUUCCGCGGCAAGGAAAGAAUCUCCUUGCACUGAAUUGAAUUGAAUUGAAGUUUUGCAAGUCGCGUGAGUCCUUCGCGUGAGUGAGUGUGAGCAGCUCCCUUUGGAAGGAUAUUUAUUUCUGUGUGUGCUCUCGCCUCGUGUGUGUUUGUCGGGUCAGUUGAGCGUUCAAGGACUCUGCUGCAGCGAAGAAAACCAGAAUCAGAAACAGAAACAGAAACAACAAUAUGUAUGCAAUAACGGCCAGAAACGUGACGGCCGCGUGCCAAUAAAGCCAUAGGAGAGGGCAUUGAAAAGCUGAAGGGGAAAUAUCUGAGAGCUCGAGAAAAUAUAUAUUGCAGUUGAAUCCUCCUGUGAUAGGUAUGCAUUUCUGGAUCGACAAGCGCUCGCAGCAGUGCGGUUUUGGACGCUCACGCGUGGCAGCUUCGCUUUCCCAUGCCGGAAGCGGUCUGAGCUAUGGUCAUCCGCCGAGGAGAGCCAAGUCCACCAGUUGCAGCGGUAACAGUGCAGGCAGCGUCGGUGGAAGUGGCCAGGCCAUGCCCUCGGUGCAUCGUACCUUGCCACAGGCACCCUACGACCUUCACCAGCCGGGAACGAGUCGUCAGUCGCAGUCGCAAUCUCAUUCGCAUUCCCAGUAUGCAAAUAACAACUCACACCACCAGCAGCAGCACAUGUUGCAGCAACAUUCCAGCGGUGGCACCAGCAACAACAACAUCUCGAACAGCAGCCAUCAUGUGUCUGCUGUCGGAGCACCAACCACUGCCAGUAACAACAACAAUGCGGCCUCUUCGGCAGCCGUACUGACCGGAAGCGGAACCAUCGUGCCCCUUGUGGCACGUGGCUCGCACUAUCAAUACCAUGGCAGCACCCGUUAUGCACCAAGGGCACAACAGCAGCAACAGCAGCAACUGUUGCAUCAGCAGCAGCAGCAACAGCAACAUCAGCAUCAGCAGCAACAUCCACUGCAGCAGCAGCAACACUACAGCUAUCAUCACCCGCAGUUUGGCAACAUGGCGGUGCCUGUGAGACACUACGACUCACAUCAGCAGCAGCAUCAUCAGCAACAGCAGCAGCAGCAGCAGCAGUAUUCGGGCCAUGUGUACGCUGACGAUGCCUAUAGCGCCUAUCACCAUUCAUCGCAUCACCAGCACGGCAGCAGCAAUCAUUCAAGCAGCGGCAGUCACAAUCCGCGACCAUCGACAGCCAAUGCUGCUCCACGUCGCCACAAUUCCAGCAACAGCAUGAGGCAUUCCUCGGCGCCAGCCACAACCACAUCCUCAACCGGGGCAGUCACAUCAUCAUCAUUAGCAGCAGCAACGGCAGCGGCAGAAGUGACCACUGCUGGCACAACGGCACCGGUGGCUGCAACAACUCCACAUAGCAACCAGCUGCAGCAGCAACAUCAUGCGCUGCUGCAGCACGCGGACUCGCAGCUGCUGCCCAGCCACCUGAAGUGCGGUAUGUGCGCGUCCCUGGUAUUGGCCUCAGUCUUCGUGGCUGGGACCAAGUUCUACUUUGACCACCAGGGCACCGGCUUGGAGGUGCUCAUCUUCUGCGCCUUCUCGGCCACCUUCUUCUUGGCCGCCUGUAUGGUCAGUCUGUGUCGCAUUCCCAAGGGACUGCUCUCGAGUGCAGGUCGCGCUGAGGCACGGGCAGCUGUGUGCCAGAGUCGUGGGGUUAACUCCUCUCUGGCGGAGUUCGAUGAGAGCCCUCCCCGCGCCUGUGUGUACCAGAUGAGGGUGCCCUUCCAGGAGCAACAACAACUGACCGCCGGAAGCCCACCGGCAGCGGCGGCCACUGCGGGUCCGCCGCCCUACCACAUAGCCAUACUGCUGCCGGAACAGACGCCGGCGGCGAUGGGCAAGCAGGUGCCCCUGGAUGAGUCGCCGCCGCCGUCUUACGACAAGAUCCUGGUAUAGGGACCCGGAGCCGAUCCUUGACCCUCAAUGCACAACGCCAAGUACUUUUGCUCAGUAUUUUUCUAAAAGAGAUAUCACCAUUUAUAUGAACAUUUACACGGCAUAUAUGUAUAUUUAAAAAUAGAUAUAGAAGAUAUAUAUCAGAUAAACAUAUACUAUAUAUGCGUACACGAGAAUAUGUACUUUUAAGCUCCGGAGUAAUAUUUUUACAAUUUCUAAGCCCUCUACUAGAACCAGACUCUUCCAUCCCCAAGGCCCAGACCCGAAACAUGUCUUCUUCUACUGUCAUUUUUGUUCUGUGAUAUGCUCAAGAGAUCAAGAAGUCGUAAGCUAUAUAGAUCAACGUACAUAUGUAUGCCUGUGUGUGUUAAACAAUUAGCUACCAACCAAUCAGCCAAUGCAACGAGAAUAAUGUAGAAAUUUGCUGGUACAGUAAAAAUAAAGGGAAAUCAAGCAGCAGUAUUAGUGGGCAGUGAAUAAUAAUAAUUAAUUAACCAACCAUGUGGAGGCAUUCACAUUUCAAAUACGCAAAAGAGAGAGUGCAAUA